UCCACACCCACGCGCCAUCUGGCCUCACCGCCGCCAUGGCCGGCGGACGCCCGGGUGCGCAGAUGCCGCAUCUCAGCAAGAUGGAGCGGGUGGUCGUGAGCAUGCAGGACCCCGACCAGGGCGUGGAGAUGCGGAACCAGCGCCUGCGCAUCACCGUCAUUCCCCACACCGUGGCUGGCAGCGACGUCGUGGACUGGUUGGUCCAGAAGUACUGCAUCUCAGAGGAGGAGGCCCUGCACCUGGGCACCCUCCUGGUGCUGCACGGCUACCUAUACCCUCUGCGCAGACCCCGCAGCCUUGUGCUCCGGCCAGACGACACACCCUACAGAUUCCAGGUCAGGUGCAACUGGGAGCAGACGCCCUAUUUCUGGACGAGCACCCUGUGGCCAGCUGCUGAGCUGGACUAUGCUAUCUACCUGACGAAGAAGAACAUCCGAAAGCAGGGGGCCCUGGUUGGCCACGAGAAGGAACACUAUGACCAGCUACACAGGAAGAUCAGCCACACGUGGGACCUGGUGGUGAUGCAGGCCCGAGAGCAACUACGGGCAGCUAAGCAGCGCAGGAAGGGGGACAGGCUGGUCAUUGCAUGUCAGGAACAGACGUACUGGCUGGUGAACAGGCCCCCGCCAGGUGUCCCCAGCGUCCUGGAGCAGGGUCCAGAGCGCAGUUCCUGCACGGCCGGGCGAGUGCAGAUGACCAAGAAUACGGAGUUCUACAAGCGGGAGAUGGAGCGCUACAGGAAGGCCCUGACCAGGGCCCGGGUGAAGUCUUCCGUCUGCCUUGAGGCGUACCUGAAGUUCAGCAGCCAGCAUGCGCCACACGACCCCAUCAUGUCAGGGUGCCUGCCCAGCAACCCCUGGGUCACAGAUGAUGACACCUACUGGACCAUGAAUGCACCCAGUGUGACUGUGCCCACAAAGCUCCGCGUGGAGCGAUGGGGUUUCAGCUUCCAGGAGCUCUUGGAAGACCCUUUGGGACGGGCCCAUUUCAUGGACUUCCUGAGGACCGAGUUCAGUGGUGAGAAGCCCCAUGCCCUGCUCGAGGGCCCUGGGAGGGCACUGCUGCUGAGGACCCUCCAGGUUUCUGCCAGCCCUGGCCAUAGCUCGGGUGGGCCUCACCUGGUGUGUGGACCUCCAGCUGAGAACCUCAGCUUCUGGGAAGCAUGUGAGGAGCUGCGUCACGGAGGGCAGGCCCAGGUCCAUGCUAUGGUGGAUGCCGUGUACCAGCAGUUCCUGGCCCCUGGUGCUGCCUGCUGGGUCAACAUAGACAGCCGGACGAUGGAGCGGACCCUGGAGGGACUGCAGCAGCCCCACCGCUACGUGCUGGACGAUGCCCAGCUGCACAUCUACAUGCUGAUGAAGAAGGACUCCUACUCGAGGUUCCUGAAGUCCGCCGCAUACAAAGACCUGCUGGCACAAGCUGUGAUUCCCCCAGAGGCCAAGAGACGGGUGUUCCCGUUUAUGCGGAAGCUGCCGCAUUCAAGCCCCAGCCCUGCUCUCCUUCCUGCCUCCACCUCUGGGGAGCCUGUGGCUGCAGCCAGUGGCCCUGAGUGUGGUGACGGGGGCACCUAGGUGGGCAUAAAGCAGGAGGGGGAAGUGGCCAUCCUCACCGCUUGCCCGGGGUCCUCACAGCUUUGAGACCCCUGGUGUGGGCGUCCCCUAAUGCCCAGAGGGCCCGCCUUGCCCCUAUGCCCAAGGGCCUCUUGGGCUCCCACCUUUUCCCUUGCCAAGCCCCCCCCUCCCCAGAAGGGGCUGGUCCGGGUGCUGAUUCCCGGGAAGGGGUGUCAUUGAGCUUGGGUCACCUGGAGAAAGGGAGGAUGAGGCGGGUCAAGCACAUCAGGCCACCUGAAGGCCCUGGCAUUCUGUGGUCUGCAGUUCAUUAAAUUGCUGGCAAAUAUCAGGUGGCUUCCAGCAGGGGGCACUUAUCAUGAGGAAACACAGGCCUCGGGGCAGAUUUACCCACAGCCCUUGGCCCAGUGUGACCCUGCAGGGACCCCACACCAUGUCCCCAGUUCCGCUGGGGCCGUGCUCAGCCUUCCGACCGGCCCAGAGCUGUCCUCAUGGGUCUUGCCCACACCGUGGCUGUCACUGUGCAUGUCCCAGACCUCAUCCCGCAGGGACACCUCCAGCUGGUGUCCUCGAGGCUGGAGCUCCUCUGCCAGAGCUGCACAAACAUGACUCCAGUGUCAUCACCUGUGACAACCGGCCCCGGCCCACGGCCAGGGCAGGACCAGGCCAGGGCAGGUGGAACCCUUGGGGAAGGGGGUGAUGCCACCCAGGGUGAAGUACAGCUGCUCCUUUGGGGUGCAGCUCUGUCAGGCCGGGGGGGGGUGCCACCCUUCCCACUCCCACCCACACCUGGCCCAGAAAUAAAAGACCCUUGCCCUCACUGUGAACCCACCCUAUUGUCCAAAUUGUG